ACUAUACAACUAGAAUUUACGCUACAUUAUAUGUAAUAAAAUAUAGAAUAUAUUAUAUAUUAUAUAUAUAUUAUUUUUAUAACGCGUGGUUUAGUUUUUAAAUGACUAAUGUUAAGAAAGUGUGUUUUUUACAAUUAGGGUUUUUUCUUUGCUGAUUCGUUAUUCUGAGGUACACAGGUCACGUCUGUAAAAAUAUUAAAAUAGCUCUGACGCUUAUGCUUGAGAUGUUUUGACUAAUAAAAUACAAAAGUACAAGAAGAGGCCUACACUUGAAUAGAAUAUAUAGAAUUGUGCAUCGAGUCGGCUUUAUUACAAGUCUUUAUUACAAGUAAAGUUAUAAAAAUUGCUUGAAAUAAUUCAUAGCAAAGAAAUCAAGCUCACUAGUCACUUUUAAUCCUUUAGUAAAAGCGCUAUCUAAACACACACACAUAAAAAACUGCACAAAAAUCACAAAAGAAUGAUGCUUAGAGGCUUGGCUAUGCUAGUGACAUCAAAACAAUUAAAGCUGAAUGCUACAAUUUAUUAUGAUUAUUAUGACAUGAAAUACAGCCCUGUUUGAGGGGUUGGUCAUUUGGAUGUUUUUCUCUCACUCUUUAUUAUCAGCCAUGUGUAUGAUGGGCGCUUUUUUGCAGGACAAUUAAAAAGCUGACCUAAUUUAAUCAGUGGGGUUGGUAACAUAUAAAAAUAUGUUUGCUUUUUACAGUCCCGCAAUGCAUUACAAAAUACACGUUAAAAAGGCGCAAACUCCGUCAAAGGAAUAGUUUAUACAUAAAAGUCCAUUUACUCGCCCUCGGGUGAUCCGGGAUACAGAAGAGCUAAAUUAAACAUGUCACCGAUGCUCACUAUCUGCAGUGAACGGGUGCCGUCAGAGCGAGAGUCCAAACAUCUAAACAAUCCCAAUAAAAAAAAAAAACACCACUCCGGUUCAUCAGUUCUCAUCUGAAAUAUCAGAACAAACACCUGAGGAUCCAUUAGUGAGCAAGUGGGGCUUAAAGUGAAAAGUUAAAGACAAAUUCAUGUUAAAACACAUCAGUCCUACAGGAUAGUUAUAUUUUCAUAGUUAAUAAUAUCCAGAAUGCUUAAAACACUAUGGGAAUGAAAUCCCUAGGCUGCUUUAGAGACGCCGGGUCGCCGCUGACCUCAAUAAAUAUGAAUCAUGUCAAAUGUUUGUUCCGCGUAAUUGAAUGCGCGCCUGAACGCCUGACGUGCGCGAACACAGGUACCGGUGGUCACGUCGAGGUCCUCAGCGCGCCGUGCCGCGUGCGUCAGCGCUCGAGCGCGGCGCUCCAACACCUUUUCACGUAACGCACUAAACAGUCACAUCACCUUCCUAAGGUAGCGCCGAACCCGCGAUGGCCGAUAACCUCAAUCGCAGCAGCUGCAACUGCUCCGGCGCGCAGGACGCGUUCGGGCUAUCCGAGGGACACUUCGCGCUCGUGAAAGCUGCGGUUCUUGGGUGCAUCUUCGUGCUGGCGACGUUUAGCAAUUUGUUCCUCCUCCACGCCCUGUGGAAGAGACGGAAAAGACGGACCCGAACUCAGCUGUUCCUUCUGCACCUGUGCCUGGCUGACCUGGUGGUCGCCUUCUUCCAGGUCCUGCCGCAGCUAUCCAUGGAGAUUACGCACCGGUUCAAAGCCUCGGAUCUGGUGUGCAGAGCGGUCAAGUACCUCCAGGUGGUCGGGAUGUUCGCGUCCACGUACAUGAUCGUGGCCAUGACCGUGGAUCGCUACCACGCGGUCUGCAAACCCAUGGUGUCCUUCUUCAGAGGGUCUUUCCGCAGGUAUGUUGCCAUAAGCGCCGCGUGGCUCGUCUCCCUGGCGUUCAGCGCUCCGCAGAUGUUCAUCUUCUCUCUCCAAGAAGUUGAGAAGAACGUUUUCGACUGCUGGGCGACGUUUAUUGAGCCCUGGGGAGGCAGGAUAUACAUAACGUGGAUCACCCUGUCCGUGUUUGUCCUGCCAGCCGUGAUCCUGAUGUAUUGUCAGAUCAAGAUUUGCGCGGGGAUCUAUUUCAACGUGAAGAGGAAAGCCUCGCAGAGCGGCGCGGGCGAUGCGCGCUCUGGCUCUAAAGGGAUAUCAAGCGCGAUGCUGAAGACGGUCAAAAUGACUUUUAUCAUCAUCCUGGUGUACACCCUCUGCUGGAGCCCGUUCUUCGUGGUCCAGCUCUGGUCAGCCUGGAGUCCAAGCAGUGCGCCCACGCAGGGGCCGGUGUUUGUCAUCAUCAUGCUCCUCGCCGGUCUUAACAGCUGCACAAACCCAUGGAUCUACCUGUACUACAGCUAGAACCUCACGGACACUGAUCGCCCACCGUCCCUGCUGCUGAAGACGGCACGGUCAAAGC